ACAGUGGGGACAGGGCUGCCUGCUGUGCCCAGAUGCAGCACCCAAGCCCCCACCUCACAUCCUUUUGCUGCACCCUGAGCUUACGGGAUUGGGGGGGGGGGGAAAGUCAGGUUGUAAUUUUAUUUUUUGUUUCUUCUUCUUUUUUUUUUUUUUUCCAUUUACCUCCCUCUCCUUGGGCCUCCCCUCCUCCUUCUAAAUAGGAGAUGUCCUCAGGACAGCGCCCAGGAGACUGGCUGGAAUCAGUUUUGGAGGGUGAUGCAGCGCGACAGCUAAAAGUUGGAUAGGGUUUCAGCAGCUCCUAUAUAAAGCAGGGGGGACUUAUGUCACUGCACUAAUUAAAUUCCAUCUGGGUUGCUCCUCGGGGUGUUUUUGAGCCUGCCACCCAACUCCAGCAGGCAGAGAGGCCAAGGGACAGCAUGAUGAUGGACCUUUUUGAAACUGGCUCCUAUUUCUUCUACUUGGAUGGGGAGAAUGGAGCUCUACAGCAGCUGGAGAUGGCAGAGGGAUCCCCACUGUACCCAGGCAGCGAUGGCACCUUGUCCCCCUGUCAGGACCAAAUGCCGCCAGAAGCCAGCAGUGACAGCAGUGGAGAGGAGCAUGUGCUGGCACCCCCGGGACUACAACCCCCUCACUGCCCCGGCCAGUGUUUGAUCUGGGCUUGUAAAACCUGCAAGAGAAAGUCGGCCCCCACGGACAGACGGAAAGCAGCCACCCUACGGGAAAGGAGGAGACUGAAGAAGAUAAACGAAGCCUUCGAGGCUUUGAAAAGGCGGACUGUGGCGAACCCCAACCAGAGGCUGCCCAAGGUGGAGAUCCUGAGGAGCGCCAUCAGCUACAUCGAGCGGCUGCAGGACCUCUUGCACAGGCUGGAUCAGCAGGAGAAAAUGCAGGAGAUCGGGGGGGACCCCUUCAGCUUCAGCCCCAAGCAGGGAAAUAUCCCCGGUUCAGACUUCCUGAGCACCUGCAGCUCCGACUGGCAAAGCGUUUCUGACCAUUCCCGAGCCCUUGGAGUCGGCAGCCCCAAGGAAGGAGGCUCCAUCGUCGACUCGUCGGCCUCCAGCAGCCUCCGCUGUCCAUAGUGGACAGUAUUUCUUCCGACGAGCCCAAACUGCCCAGCGUGGAGGAAGUGGUGGAGAAAUGAACCCGGUUGCUCUUGGUAGUAUGUUAAACGGAGAUGGAGCCCCCACCCCUUUCCCUCUAAACUAAGUAAUGAAGCAAAUUAACGCAGUGGAAAGCGCAGGCAGAGGCCUUGUUAAGGUCGAGUCAAGGUACACCACCCCAUAGAAAAUGGCUCUCACUGACUCGAGUCAAACAGACCUUCCCCUUUUUUCUUUACUCCUUCCCCCACCCCCCGAGUUUUCUUUUCUUUAAAUUGUGUUGCAUAGACCAUCUCUCUCUCUUUUUUUUUUUUUUUUUUAAUUUAAUAUACUUACCUGUGUACCGGUGAUCGGCUUUGUCUGAGAUUCACCGGAAAGUUCAUUCCUGAGUGAAGCUGUUGAUUGCGUUUUGUGUUAGUCGUAUUUAAACGGUUCCCGCCUCAUUUCGUUCCUGUAAAUAAUUUUAGUACUGUCUUUUCUUUUGUAAACAUAACAAAUAUAUAUAUUUAAAUGGUGGAAUGUGAUAUUGUAUAUAAGAACAGACGGGUUUCUUGGAUUCUAAAAUAAAGCUCUUUGUGUUACA